ACCACUUUUUACUUUCAGAUUAAUAGGAAUAUUAUUUUACAUUUUUCUUGUCUGUUAAUCAAACUUAGUUAUAAUAUUGGGAUGUUCAGUGGUAUAAGUUGUAUAGUACACAGGCUUUUUUGUCCUCCUCUUUUUACAAAGUACUGCCUACGGCACUCCCGUCAAAUUAUCAAAAUCUCGAGAUGUAAUGACGAGAUUUGACAUUGUAAACACGAGACGACAAACCGCGCGUAACCCCGCGUGCCGACUGACGCGAGAAAUGUGCCGAACUCGUGCUGGUUUGAAAUUGAAAGGCGAAAGUUUAGACUGAGUGACUGUGAUAACCUUAACGUGCAGAGGAAUGAACCGCAUGACUGGAGAAGAUAAAAACCUCGACCCCAUUGUCAUACAAACAGCAGACGACUGAGUUUUUAUUCCUCAGUAUGAGGGAUGGCACUCGCUGCAGUCAGUGGUGUGUUAGGACCAAGGCGACAGAACUUUCUCUUCGUGUCGGACAGUUUUUGGCCGGAACUUUUGGCGUCGAGAACGUAAACUUGUUUAUCCUUUGUGCCAUUCCGUGGGUUUGUGGACGGUCAUUGAUGUAGGAAAUUAGUUUACCUUUAUUUGUCUGUUUUGAUGAAACUUUUUGACUCUCAUUCAUUCUAAUCCGCUGUGUUGACAGGCACGCUUGGCUGACCGAGGGGCCAUCUCGGCAACAAUUCUUGUAUAUUGUGCAUACACGUGGAACUUUAAAGAGAUGAAGAUGUUUUAUUUAUUUUCAAGACAUUUUUACCAAGAUAAUUCUGCACUGUCGAGGAACGUGCACACAUAUCCAUUAAAGAAGAUCACAUGUGUCUUUAAAACAUUGGAAUAGCAAUUAAUGGAAGAAUAUAAAUGAGCACUAUAUUAUCAGCCGGAAAGAAGGGACCUUUUUACUGAUUAUUUGGUCAACUUGGAGAGUGUUGUCAUCAUCGACAUCACAAGUAUAUAUUGAUGUCCUUGAUAACAUGAUGUCGCUCGAGAGAAAUGAGCGAGGUCGUAAAAAAAUCAUGGUUAAUGCUCCUGUAUUUCGGAAACUUUGGAUUUUUAUGGCAUUAGGGAUGAUCAUCGCCAUCCUAGGACUUGUAACUAUUGUUGUCCAUUUCCUUGUUGGAAACAUCACAUCUUCUUCAGACUUGACAGAGAUUCUGCCCAACUAUAUCACUGGUCUAGUGAUAACGAUAGAUGGAAUGCUGAUAACCGUUCUGUUUUGGAGGCGACACAUAGCACUGGUAUUUGUUGAGGUGGUGUUGUGUUUUGGAGUUGGGGCAUUGUGUGCCGCCUUAGCUGUGCUGACUGGGACACACAUCCUCCAGCCAAUCAGAAGCCUCCAGGACUGUAUCCAUGACGAAAACCGUAAAGUGUGUGCGUGUACCAGUAAUUACAGACGGAACGCUCUCCUUCUGGAGUCGAGUAAAGACCCAAGUCUCUACACAUUUGAUGGGACCAUCAGCUGUACAUCGGUGGAGGAUAUCCUACCAAUAUUCCUGUAUGUACAGAUUGGACUGUUUGCCAUUGUCUUCAUCCUAUGUGUCACCACAAAGAUCCUGGCCUUUCUGGUACUGAAGCUGGAGAGGACCUCGCUGGCCACACUACAGGAAGAAACUUAUGAGGAAAUCUUCACAGUCAGUGGCAGUUCAUGCUCUGAUUUAAACAGCGAGGAUGAAGUCACAAUUCAAACCGGAUCAAACAUCAGCUCCGCAGCAAAUUGUGUCAAUCCUGCAGUAAAAGGUCUCUGUGAUCCCAUUGGUCAAAAACAUAAUGGAAUAUAUGCCCAGCCAGCGGGGAUAUUGAAAAAUUUUGAAAGAACUGCCACUCCUUUAUCUGACCUUACACCCACCAAUCGUUUAAUUAGGUCCAAGUCAUGUGACUCAAUUGAUGAAAUUUAUGCUCGUAGUGCUAAAGGACCAGGGAGUGAACAUGGUCCCGAGAAAGGCAAAGGGAAGUUAAAGGAACACAGGAGAAGGGAGAGAAGGGCAGUAACUCUACACAAUCUAGACUCCAAACAGUUGAUGUCUGUACUGAGCCUCCACAUGCGAUAUCUAGAGGAAACAGAAAUAUUAAAAUCUCGAACCAAAAUCCAAACACUGACAGAUACCGUCCCGGUAGAACUGAAACGAAGGGCCAUAACUCCCCAGCCCUACCAACUCAAGUAUGACCAAACAAGUACACUACCUCGUACGGUGAGGUCCCACACACCGCAGCCAAACCAGAGGCUGACGGACAAACAGGAGUGCCAGUACCGUAUGAUGAUGAAACAGUUGAUAGACUCGCCUCAGGGAAGCGGGCUUCAACACGCACAACAAAGUACAGCCAAAUCUAUUGGUUCUCCUCUACAGAAGGCAAAAAAUCCAGCAAAUCAACACAAUCCUAAUAAAAACAUUAUGGGUAUUUCACACUCACUUCCCAAUCACAGAAGAAAUGAGAUUGAAUCUAUAGGUAGCGAGUCUGUAGAUGCAAGUGAAAUAGACGAGGAUUUAAACAUCAAACAAAUGCCCAAAUCACGACCGUCCGUGAAAAAUUACUUCCUACCUCCGCUGCCUAUACACCGAUCUAAGUCAUUAACACCUCCUCACCUACCCGAACUCCAGCACAGGCCAGGGGUCAACAAAGGUCAGCUGCCUCCUCAGCCAAUCAAACGUGGUGAAGACCCUAAAGGUCAACUCCCUCUGGACCCGGUUCACAGAGGCUCAGCCUUUCGCGUACCAGGUCACAGCAUCAAUGCCAAUGGGUUGCCUAACAACAGGAUUUAUUCAAGGCCUGGUGAUAUCCAUUGUGACAAGGCCUUGAGAGAAAACUUUCAGUUGUACGAGAGUCCCUUCCUGCUCCAUAACAAUGGGCAGAAAACUUUCGUACAGCCAAAUUUCACUUUGUCUAACCAUGCGGCAAGAAAUCUGCCCCCACCCCCUUACGCCCCUCCCCCGUCUUACAAACAUUUUAUGUCUCUGUCACAGGACGGUUCCCUAAGUGAUUUGGUCGACGAUGAAAGCAUCGAUGGCUUCCUUCACAACAAUCAAAGUGAACGAUUGAAUAUAAAUCCGAACUCUGCCAAACUGAAAGGUAACAGGACAGAAGUGACAAUGUCCAGUGAUGACGAUGUGUUUCUUCCCGAGGACAAAGCUGUGUACAGUCAGGUUGCCAAGCGACCAAUGCAUCACCAUGGUGAUAAGGUGUCUCCUCACCAUCACUACCACACACCUCACACACAUUACCAUUCUCCCCGUGACCAUACCACUCCUCCGCGUGAUGUCAUGACGAUUCCUCCCCGACAACCGUGUGAUCCGAGAAUACCUCCGGAUGGUGUAUAUAAUGUGUAUGCUAACUAUAAUAUGUACCAGAAGACAAAUCCACAAGGUUCUGUUUGGACGCGUGGGGGAAAUUAUCCGCACGCCAACAAUUACGAGGAAAUUGAUGACCUUGAUGUAAAUAUGACCUACUCCUAUGAGGAUAAUUCAUCGUGUGGGAUGUCAAGUCAGGCAUCGCUGAUACCACAAGAACAGAAACCGUGGUCACAUAACGACACUCACCCCUUCACUGGUGGGGAACCGGAGGUUCUAGAAACCAUGAUAUAGGGGAUGGUACCUCAAUCCUCAAGUGUAUUGAAACCAGAGGUUUUGGAAACCAUGAUAUAGGGGACAACACCCAAAACCUCUCAAGUGUAGCUACAGGGAUACCAGAGGUUUUAGAAACCAUGAUAUAAGGGACAACACCUCAAUUCUCAAGUGUAGGGAUACCAGAAGUCCAGGAAACCAUUAUAUAGGGAUUACACCCCAAAAUCUCUUGAGUGUAGGCUAGGGAAACCAUGAUAUAGGGAACUAUGCCCCACUCGAGACCCAUUCACCCCUAAAGUCACAUUUGAAUCUUACCACAUCUAAGACUUGGCCAGUCCAGUGUAAAUAUGUAGGGGUGAGUGAGUUUAUUAUGUCGGAAUCAGUGGGAUGGAGGAAAGUGAUUUAUAGAAUGUGACUUGGAUCCAAAGAUGGUGAUGUUCUAAAAGUGACUCCGAGACUGGGAAAAGUUUAGCAAUGAUCUAAAGAUCAGAGGCACCUUUUAAAAGUGAUACUAGGACAGUGGAAUGCAAUCAAAUUGAUCUACAGAUUGAAACUGUGUAAAAGUGAUAUAAACACAGUGGAAUGCUCUAGAAAUGAUACUUAGACAGUGGAAUGCUCUAAAAAUGAUACUUAGACGGUGUAAUGCUCUUAGAGAUGAUACUUAGACAGUGGAAUGCUCUAGAAAUGAUUCUUAGACAGUGGAAUGCUCUAGAAAUGAUUCUUAGACAGUGGAAUGCUCUAGAAAUGAUUCUUAGACAGUGGAAUGCUCUAGAAAUGAUUCUUAGACAGUGGAAUGCUCUAGAAAUGAUUCUUAGACAGUGGAAUGCUCUAGAAAUGAUUCUUAGACAGUGGAAUGCUCUAGAAAUGAUUCUUAGACAGUGGAAUGCUCUAGAAAUGAUUCUUAGACAGUGGAAUGCUCUAGAAAUGAUUCUUAGACAGUGGAAUGCUCUAGAAAUGAUUCUUAGACAGUGGAAUGCUCUAGAAAUGAUUCUUAGACAGUGGAAUGCUCUAGAAAUGAUUCUUAGACAGUGGAAUACUCUAGAAAUGAUUCUUAGAGAGUGUAUUGCUAUAUAGAAAUGAUUCUUACACAGUGGAAUGCUAUGAAAGAGGUCUAGAGUCUGGAGUAUAUUAAAUACUUCUGUUGAACACGAAGGGAGAAGUAUCCACUUUGUUAUAACUGUGAGGAAAUUGAUGACCUUGAGUGAAAACCGUGGAACAGUAUAACGGUGAUCAUAAAGACAGUGAAUAACGUGCCAUUCUUGCCGCCUGAUAAAUCAGUGUUACCUUGUUAUCAUGUUAUUAUGUUACAUACCAGCACAUUUUUUCUCUAGCUCCCUCAGCUGCCAAUAUAGUUUUUCGUUGAAAUGUUUAUUUUUAAAACAAACUUCCUCAUUUGAGUCUGAUAAGGUCUAUAUAUAUAUACUGUAUGAUUGGUAAUAUUUGUGAGAGAUUUAAUUUCAGAUUAUUUUGAUAUAGUUGCUGUUACCAAAGAUACCACAAAAUCAAACGACCAGUGAAUAUUAUCACUAUGAAUUAUAAUCUCGGUGAAUAUUUAAAUCUACAGACACAAGAAAUGUUUACCAUCUAUUUAGUAUAACAUUUUAUGUUAUUUUUAUGUUAUUUUCAUAAACCCUUUUAAAAUAGAUCCCAUGAACUAAAAGAAUAUAAGCACCCUCAUGAGCGUGAUGUUUUGACCUAGCCAUGUUUGCCUAAAUUUUUAUCCCUGCAAACUUGUUUUUAAUGGGCCGGGACACCCACAAAAUAUAAGUCUGCGAAAUUAUGCAGUAAAAACCAAUAUUAAAUGACACACAUUUUUCAUACAUCUUCAUAAUCAUAAUCAUGUUUAGGUUGGUGGUUUGUGAUAUUGACUUAGUGUUAAUAUAUUUAGAAACUUUUAACAGGUUAAUAUUAUUCAAUUAUAGCCUUUGGCUGAGGUUGAUACCGGGAUUUAUCGACCCAAGAAAAGAUAUAUUGACCUUGGACGAAGUUAAAGGCUACAAUUGUUUUAUUAUUUUCAAAACAGUAAUGUAAGCAAUCUGAAAAAAGACCAUGACAAAAAACCUUCAGAAGCGGGACGUUGCGUUGUUUGGAGACACAUCAUAAUUCUAUUUUUAGAAACACCCAGUCCUUCAACAAAAAUGAUAUGCUCCAAGUCAAUAUGGGUUUACAUUGGUGGACAACGUGAUGCACUCCUGGCUGAUCACUUGUCAGGAAAAAUAUGAAAAAAUAAUAAUGGUUUAUAACCUUAUUUCAAUUUUAACAUCACAGUGUUCCCUAGAAAAAAAUGAUACUUUUCUUUGUAUGUUUUCAUAUGUUCCAUUUUGUUUAGUAAGUAAAUAUUAUUUAGCAUCUAAUGUAUAAAGACGUUUAUUUUGAUGAAUUUGUGGUAACAAAAGACCUGAGAAAGGGAUCUUGACAUUGUCAUGGUUAAUAUAACUUGUUCCAUGUCCAUAUAACCACAUAUUGACCUCAACGAAAGUCUGUAAUUGGUAACUGACGAAGCACUACAAAGUAUUUGAAAUCCUCUUGUGUACCAUAUUGGUAAUAAUCUAUGUGUUGGUGCUGUGAGAUGUACAGUACUUGUAUAUCUGUGACUGUUCUGACAGACAUGUGGAAUCUAUAUGAUAGAUCUAUACAAAGAUGGGGGAGGGGCUUUUCUUUUAACUCUUUAGGUAAUGUGUUAAUAUUGACAGAAUUGUUAAACAACUUCUAUUGGUGCUUUUAAUUGUGACAAAAAAUUGUUGAUAUCUUUGUGAAUUGUUGUGUGAAAUGAUUAAAAUUUCUCAUUCACCCCAGAAAUUUCAUAAUGAACUAUUCCAACCGUUGAAUUGGAAGAGUUCAAAUGUGUCUUCAAGGGUGAAUGAGUUUUAAUCAAUUGUAAUCUGAACCAAUUUUUCUUUUAUUAUUAAUAUUUUUUUUCAAGUUCAUAUUCUUUGUUUAUGAUCACGACCAUUGCUGUUUCAGGUAAAAGUAUAUAAUAUUAUGUACAUAAUACUGUAUAUUUGUUAUAUCUGUAGUUAUAAGUUGAUGUACAUGUUUUAGUUAGCUCAUAAUUUGGAUCAGUGUGCUGUUUAUUUUUUUGUGAUUUAAUUUCUUUAAGGAGAAGAUAUUAACUGAAGCUAUUUGUGUCAUACUACAAUUUAUUGGGCAUUUUAAGUGUCUUUUAUUUUUAUUUUACUUUGUGCAAAUUGUUCUGACAUGAUUGUACACAUACAUCAUUAAACAUGUAACAAACAGGUGAUUUAUGAAGAAAAGUUUUUUCGGUCGUAAAAAAUGCAUUUGAGAUAAACAAAGAAAAAAAAUCACCGCUAGAACUAAUACUGUAGUCUAUUUAUAGAUAUUGAAUAAAUAUAUAGACAUGAACGACAGAUGAUUUAAAAAUUCUUUAAAAUGUUACUUGGGACUCGCAUUUUCAAAUACUCAUUUAAAUUUUUGACAUGUCAAGAUAAUAAUUCUACAGCAUUAUUUUUCAAACUGUACAAGUUAUCUCCCUUGCAGGUAUCUUGUUUCUGUGACAUUGUUACAGAGUUUUGUCAUUUUCUCAAAAGUAAGAAUUAAUGUGAAUGAAAUCGAAAUCAUGAUCAGAAAGCGUAAAUGCAAACAUUCAUUUUAAAGCUGACAGUGCAAGUUAAAAAGCUUUCAAUUGAGAUUUUUUUUUUGUCUUUUUUUUCUGGUUUUGAGAUUUUCCAUAUCUUCCAACUAUCAUUUCUAAGGAAGUGCCGACAUUUUAGUUUUUUCCUUGCUUGGUAUGGGUCUCGCUGGGUAUAAAAAACGCAACAUUAGUUUUAAGAUUAUUGCUAUGGUGUUAAAACUCUUUAGGAUUAGCCUCAAAGGCCAUGCAUAAAAAGAUGGGAAGAAGACCUGUUCAAGAGGGAUAUUAUUAUUAUUAUACAAGGGAAGCAAGGUGUGUCGUUCAAUAGUCGUAUCCUGAAUAACCAAACUACUCGGUAGUGAAGCAGACGUAAAACCAAGCAAACGAACAAAUGAAAGAGACGACUGUUUUAUUUGUCUUUUCGGAUGUCAGUGUUUUAAAUUCUACUUUUGAUGUAACCUGUGAUAAAAGAAUCAUGUUAACAUUCUUCUAGGAACACAAAUGUUUAUUUUUCUUUUCCUUUUUUCCAUUUUUAAGCAAAAAUUCGUCUUUAAUUUUUAAUAUGUUUUGUAAAAUAUCUAUCCAAAAGCCAUAUUUGACAUUCCUAAUUGUUUUGGGACCAAAUUGUUGAUGCAUUCAGUACUGAUAUUCUAUGUUGAAGUAUUGAACAUCACAGUUAGACAUAAAACACUAGAAACGGGAGAUAAUGUUUUACAAACAUUAAUUGCAUGUAAUAUUUUGUUGUUGAGAAAUGAAUUUAUGAAUUGCUACUAUGAUAGCUCCAGGUAUCCAUGGAAACGCGAUGUGUGUUGAUGUGCACAGUGAGUGUACAUAACAGAAAUGUUUGCUGCAGUUUGAAUUUUGAACUUAAAAAUGAGCUGGAGGUAUGACACCCGAGUUCUAAUUACCAGGGUACUGUAUAGCUGGAGGUAUGACUCCCGAGUUCUAAUUACCGGGGUACUGUAUAGCUGGGGGUAUGACACCCGAGUUCUAAUUACCAGGGUACUGUAUAGCUGGAAAUUUUCGUUGAGUCGAGCUUCUGCCAUUUUUCCGGUAAAAUCCAUAUUUGAACAGUUUUAACUUCACCCCUUACAUUUGAUUAUGUUGUUUACUUACGUUCUCUGUAACGAUAAUUUAUGUAAAUUAUCCUUCACUACAGAGAGCAAAAAGUUAAACUGCAGCGAACUGUUCCCAGUAUACAGUAAAGGAAGUAGACAAAACGAAAGUGUGAUACUUACUGCCAUGAUUUUGUAGUAUUUUGCUGUUAUACAUCCAGUCCAGUACGUAAUAAUAUGAUGUACAUGUAAAUCUGGUAACAGAUCAGAGUCUUUUUAAUCCAUAGGACAUCCAUCAUUGAACCGGGUGUCUGGGCAGACACUUUUGCCAUAAUUCCAUAUUUGUUGACCCAACAACUGAUCUGACUUUACAUGUAACUUGUUUUACAUACAUAUAUUCCUAAGGGACCAAAAUAAGUUUUAUGAUGAUAAUUUUACUGUGCUGUUUAAAUCAUUAUAGUUGUGGUGAGACUUCUGAAUUUCAAGUUCCCAGAUUGUUAAAAAUUGCAUUCUUCGUAAAGAUUGCUUGUAAAGAAACCCCCUUUUUUAUUGACAAUGUGAUGAGUUUUGGUUAUCUACUUUGAUUAUCCCAUUUAUAAACGGCAAGUUAUACAAAUGCAAACACUGAUGUAGCAUAUAAAGAAAAAAAUGGUUGUGAACUUUCUACAGUUUACCAAUAAUGUACAAUAUCUGAUAUAUUUGUUUAUGACUGAUUAAUGAUGAUAUUGGAGCAAAAAAAUGUUAAUAUUUAAACAGGUUUUAAAUUUUAAGACCAUUGCAUUGAAUCACUAUUGAUCGGACCAUUAACUCAUUCACCCCUGAAGACACAUUUGAACUCUUCCAAUUCAAAGGUUGGAAUAGUUCAUUGUGAAACUUCAGGGGUGAAUGAGUUAAGUUACAAAAGCGAACAAAAGAGCCCUAGAUAUGUUUUAUGUUUUAUGUGUAAGGCAAAACAUGUUUAGCAUCAGUUUCUGACUUAAGGAUGUAUGCUACCUUAACGAUACAUCUCUUGCUAAGGAGUUUCAUGCUAACAAAAGAUGUUUUCAUGAAUAGUUUGGAAACUGAUUAUGCAAUAUAGGGAGAUAACACAAAUCAAAGAUAAAUACUAGAUGUCACUUAAGUAGUUUAUUAAAAGAAAGUAAUGAGUGUCAAGGGAGAUAACUCAAAAGUAAAUACAGGAUUAUUUGUAAGGUAAGAUAAAUAUGUGAAGUAAACUUCUGAAAGAAGUUCAAUGAACUUUUAUUAUGCUUCACUUGUAAUAUUUUUUUUACGGGUUGUGUGAAUAUUUUUCAUGUCCCGGUCUCUGUACAAUUUAGUACCAGAGGAAUUUUACAAUGAGUUAACAAAUGUACCCCUGGAGUCGUUACGCCAGGACGUAACAAAUGUACCCCUGGAAUCGUUACGUCAGGACGUAACAAAUGUACCCCUGGAGUCGUUACGCGAGGACGUAACAAAUGUACCCCUGGAGUCGUUACGCCAGGACGUAACAAAUGUACCCCUGGAGUCGUUACGCCAGGACGUUUUAUUAUGACAUGUUGAACCAUACAGUUAUUACAAUGUACCAUGAUAACAAGUUAGAUUAUUAAAAGUCUUAUAAAUUAAA